AUGGACAAAUCAUCCUCCUCGCGUCUCCAAAACGACUUUGGCGCAGAUCUCUGGGUCCGCAACGGUCCUCAGAAGAGGUCUCCUACUCUCGGCCGGGGCCUGUUCGCCGGCUUACAAGAUGCGAAGCAUUAUAACGUUGACUCCGGGUGGGCAAAGCGCACCAACGAUGCAGACCAGGGGGGGAUCUUCUCCUUAUUCUGGAACAGGGUAUUCGGGGGAGCCUAUCGUCCGCCGGAGUGA